AUGAUGCACAGGAUUAGAAAAUCGCUUGACCGGGGCAGAGGAGUAGUUCAUUCGUCAAAAGACACGAACGCUCUACAGAUAAAGGAGGUUGGCACGUCGGUGAUCCAAGGCGAGCGUCCACACCAAGAAGACAGGCACAUUGCUCUGGCGCCUGGAAGCAUUAAAUCGAACAAGGACAUCGCGCUCUACGCAGUGUUCGAUGGGCAUGCAGGUGCAAAUGUAUCUGAACACCUACAGAACAACCUGGCAGACUUCGUCGAUGACGCUCUAUCUAAGGUCUCGUCGUACUCGCCGGAGACCUACAAGUCAGCGAUCCAAGACGCACUUGACCGAGAGGAUAUGGUUGUCGAUCAGAAGAACUGGAAAGACGGCUCUACCCUCGCACUUGUUCUGAUCGAUACAUCACAGAAACUCCUUGUAGAAGCAGAUCUGGGUGAUUCCCAUAUGGUGUUUGCUGAGCAUACCAGACGAAACAAGAAAGAAGAGACAAAGCUUAACAAGCUAGACCAUACACUGAGGGCUCACCACCUUGCUAAAGGCAAGAAUGAAUGGAGCAUCACGCGACUUUCUGUACCUCACAAUCCUGACAAUUCGAGCGAGAAGAAGAGGGUCGAAGAUGCUGGAGGCGAGAUCAAGUACGAUACGGGCGCUGCCAGAGUCGGCGCUCUCGCAAUGACUCGCGCCAUAGGUGAUACUGAAUUGAAGCUACCGAGGGUCAACAACUUAGCUGGUCAUAACCUGACAGAUUUGGAUGGUGUCGAGACGGGCCUCAAACCAGGUAGGAAAGCGUCGGCAGAUCUCGUCAUCAACAAGGCGCAUUUUGACGUACGGCAUCUCAAGGGUGAGAGUUUGGUCUUCCUCUCCACGGAUGGUAUCGGUGAAGAGAGAGACGCAGAGCUGGCGGCACGGACUGCAACUGACUGGAAGACACAAGGAUGGUCAGCGAAGCAAAUUGCAGAUGAGCUGGCGAAGCGAGCUGGUAAGGCAAAAGGUUCGGACAACUGUACCGUCAUUGUAAUAAGUCUGGAAGCGCCAAGCGGUGCGCAAAAGGAGAUAAAGAGCAGCAAAAUUCCGCAGCGGCAAAGACACCGCAACUCGAAGGGCGGGAAGAACACAACUCUAAGAAGUCUACCGAACCGAACGCGUCCUCGACGAAAGACUACUCAGACAAGAAGAGUACAGAUGGGCCGAAUAGACUAA